AUGGAGCCUACUCCUCCGCCGCCGGCGCCGCAGCAGACGGCGGCGGCGGUGCUGCAUCCUGGCGUCUACUUCAACCCGACGCUGGAGGAGGCCGUGCGCAACUACGUCAACCGGUGGAUCACCGGCGAGGAGUUGCCGGAGGUCAACGCGGGGCUCGUCGUCGUCGGGGCCAACGUCUACGGCGACGCGGCCGACGCGCUGCGGCGGCGGCACCCGCCGGGGUACACGCGCGGCCACGAGUACAAGUGGUUCUUUCUCACCCAUCGCAAGGUCCAGGUCUCGCGCAGGGGAGGGCGAGGCGGCAAGCGCUCCGAGCGCCACGUCGCCACCGGAGGGAGGUGGAAGGUGGAGCAGAGCAAGGAGCGGCUCAACGACGGCGGCGGUGGUGGCGGCGACGUCGGGGACAAGAGCAGCUUGGGGUUCUACUUCCCGGUGGACACGAAGACUCUGUGGAUAAUGGAGGAGUACACGAGCUCCCUCUGCGACGGCGGCGGCGAGGACGGCGCGGAGCCCGUGCUCUGCAAGGUGUACCUCACGCCGCGCGCCACCGACGACGAGGCAAGGGCGCUCUUCGGGGAGGACGGCGUGUCGGUCGGCCCUGACGGCGCCAAGAAGAAGGCCCGGGUGAAGGUUCCGGCAGCGUGGUUCGAUGACGUCGCGGCCCGCCUUGGACGGCCGGUCGCCGCGGCGGCGCGGGCGACGCCGGGGCCCAGCGAGCUCCUCCUUGGAUAUCCGCUCGCCGCGGCGCCGCCGUCGUCCGCUGAUCUUGGGUGUCAUGACCACCGUCUUGUCGCGGGCGUGCUGCGGGUGGCAGGCGAUCUUGGCCACGAUCAGGGACAUCUUGCAGCGCCGCCGCUGCUGAUGACGCCUUACGACAUCCAGCCCAUGUAUGAAUUUCAACUGGAGAUCAGAUGCUGCAGAUGA